AGGUGAUCAAAACAUUUUACACUUUGUCGUUGAUUUUGUUGCUUUCGAUAUUCUGGCAAGCCCGAAGCUCUUUUCUUAAAGAAACAGACUUUUCAACGAGUACAAAUCUUUUUAUUUGACGCCGAGUGUUCCACAGAAGCUAUGAAGUGGGCCUUCAAGGAAGAGCAUACGAUCGAUGUCAGGCGUGCAGAAUCCGCCAAAAUUCGCACAAAGUAUCCGGAUCGAAUCCCCGUAGUUGUUGAAAAGGCACCAAAAUCGACCAUCCCCGAUAUUGACAAGCGAAAGUUUCUCGUUCCAAAUGACUUAACAGUUGCUCAAUUUAUGUAUAUUAUACGUAAAAGAAUUCAACUUGCUCCUGAGAAAGCGAUGUUUUUAUUCGUCAACAAAGUUCUUCCCACCACAAGCUCCACAAUGGGGGCCAUCUAUGAAGAACACAAAGACGAAGAUGGAUUCCUGUACAUAGCUUACAGUGGCGAGAACACCUUUGGGCAAUAAGCACGCACAAACAAUUUUCAAACUUUCUCAAGUAUGACUAUUUUGGUAUGAUUAUAACUGAUUGUCGUAGGUUUUAACACACAGGUAAAAUAAAAAUGGCACCAAGAACAUGUACAUAUCAUAUAAAGCAAUAUAUCUUGGUCAAAUUCACAAUGUUCCUUUUCUUUAGGUGUAUUUCAUAUUAAUUUUCAAUGAAACCUGUAUUUGUAGUUCUGUCAAGUUGAAUAAACGGUGUUAUUUUAAAAAAGAAAAUAAAUCAUACAAAUGUA